AAGUCUAGGCCUUGCCUUAUCCACAAGUAAUAUGGUUAAAGAAAGAUGAUAACUGGGGAAAGUGCAGAAAGCAAAGCAAAUUAGUAUAGAAAAAAAAAGAUAAAAAGAGUUGAGUUGAGUUGAGAUAUUAUUAGAUUCUCACAAACAAACCUGACCAAAAAAACAAAAGCAAAAUCUACUUCACUUUCUCUGACUCUUCCUCACUCUUUAACUUACUAUUUACAAAAGAAGAAAGAAUCCCAGUCUCAAACCAUAGAUUAUAUAAUUUCCUUUUUUUUUACUGUUUAGUAUUUUUGCCGCCAAAGCUGACAACCAUCCUCAAUCGUCGGAUUAUUUAAAGCUCAUCAAGUCUAGAGUGGGUCCCUUCUUUGAUGGGAAUGGACCCCACUGCAAUGCCAUUCCAAAGAGAAAGAAAAUGAUUUUUCUUCCUUCCCUUUUUCCUUCCUCCCACACCCCCACUCUCUCUCUCUUCUUCUCUAUAGUCUAAUCUCUCAUCCCCACCAUUAAUAUAUUUUUUUUCUUCUUUCCUUUCAUAGCUCACUUCUUAAUUAGUAUUGCUCACUCAUCUUUGAGUCAUUACAAAGCGAUAAAAAUUCCAAAUGGGCACCCUUGUUUUUGUGAUUUGGCUUCCAAAUCUUCUUGUUUCUGAUCUGUGUAUUUCUUAAAUUGUUGCAAUUAAUUUGCUCGUGGGCAUUCUUUGUUUCUGUAUUAGAAUAGAAAGAUUUUUCUUUUUUUUUCUUUCUUAUUUUCUUAUUUUCUGUUGACAUUUUUGGGAUUUUGUUUAUCUAUAUAUAUAUAUAUAUUUGGUUUUGGUCAUCUUGAAAUCGGGUAUAGAAGUAGGAGACCUUGGAAAUAUGGUGGGUGGAGGCAUGAAUUUGAUUACUACUGUUAUUGGAUUUGGUAUGAGCGCAACAUUUAUUGUAUUUGUUUGCACAAGAAUUAUUUGUGGGCGGCUUAGAAGGAACGAAUCCCGGCCUAUGUUCGAGAUUGAAUCCAGGAUUGAUCUUGAGCAGCCAGAGCACCAGGGUAGUGGUCUUGAACCUGUUUUGGUUGCUGCAAUCCCUACUAUGAAAUUCAACCAUGAGGCCUUCAGUUCUAUAGAAGACACACAAUGCUCAAUAUGUUUGGGUGAAUAUCAAGAGAAAGAAGUGCUAAGAAUCAUGCCCAAAUGUGGCCAUAAUUUUCAUCUCUCUUGCAUCGAUGUCUGGUUAAGGAAACAGUCUACCUGUCCAGUUUGCCGUCUUCCACUACAGGAGUCUAUGGGAACAAAACAUGGCAGACCAGUAAUGUUCACGUCGGCUCAGUCAUUUGACGACUCUGAGAGUACCCCAAAUGAACAUUCUCAGCUGUGGCUAUUACCUGGCUCUGAACGAUCAUCAGUGGCAAACAUCAGCAACCAAAGUCAUUUAGAAUUACAACAAUCUCCCCCAGCAAACCACUCUGAACCUACUACCUCUAGUCUUUCAGAAACAAGGCAAUGAUGAUAACCCAAGUUUAACUGUUCCUAAAUGUGACACGUGGCCCAAUGGAUAAUGGAUUGUUUUCUUUCUUGGAAAAGAAAAUGUUGGGUUAGGUGAGGAAAAAGUAGCUUUGUUGUUUGUUUCCGAGUGGUGAUAACUUUCUAGUUUCUAUAUUGUUUCUUUUUUUCUUUUUCCAAGUUACUGGGGUAAAGGAAAUCGAUGGUAGGACAGGAGAGGUCUUUAGAUUUGGAAGUCUUUCAAUACUUUUUGUACAUAUGAUUCACUUUUCUUUUGUAGCAUAUCACAGACUGAAGUCGCGCUAAUUUACUGUCACAAUCCUCACAA